AUGGAUGGUGUAUUUCUCGAAAACGGUCCGUGGAGAGUUAAAAAGGAUCUAACUUUAAAAAUUAUCGAUGGCUCAUGGGUCGAAUAUGCUAAUAUGCUUUAUGUUGAUCAGCCAGUUGGCACUGGCUUUAGCUAUGCGAAUAAAACGGGUUAUUUAACAAAUGUGACGCAGGUUCCUGGAGAAUUUAUACUUUUUCUUGAUAAAUUCUUUGAAAUAUUUCCAGAAUACAGCAAAGAUGAUAUGUAUAUUGCUGGCGAGAGUUUUGCUGGCACUUUUAUACCCUACAUAGCCGCUGGAAUUUUGAAUCGCAACAAUGAAAGAAAUACUGCUGAAAAUCAUAAGGUGAUAAUUUUAAAGGUUACCGCUGAAAAUCAACUCUCAAGUUGCAUGGCUAUUGAAAAAGCGAACUUUACUAUUCAUAAUGACCUUUGUGAAGAAGUCCUCUUGACAGUUUUAAAAAGUUCUCGUAAAACGGUUGGAAAGAAGAUUACAUGUAUAAAUCAAUAUGAUAUUCGAGACCAUUCUGAUUCAUAUCCUUCUUGUGGACUUUCAUGGCCUUAUGAACUCCCAUCUAUGUACGCAUAUUUACGGCGGGUUGAUGUUGUAAAAGCCAUCCAUGCUGAAGGCAAAGGAACUGACUGGGUAGAGUGCAGUUCUCCAGUAAGUCGUGCUUUUGAUAAUGACAAGUCUCCACCUUCUGUAGAGUUACUACCAUCUCUUUUAAAACAAAUUAAUGUUUUAUUAUAUAGGCAUAAUAAUACUAAAACAUCUUUGUUCUCUGACAAUGCUGUUUAUGGAUAUAUGAUAUCAGAGCGAAAUCUCACUUAUGUGCUUAUGUACAAUUCCAGUCACAUGGUGCCUUAUGACGUACCAAUACCUAGUAUGGAUAUGAUGUAUCGAUUCAUGGGAAUGAGAUCACAAACAAUUAAAUUCCCAUCUGGGACUACCUACAAAGUAAACCUUUUUUAUUUUAUUCGAUUUCAGCGAUUUGCCAAUUCUCUUACGCUUAUAAUUGUUAUUUGUGGCGUUGUUUCUUUGGCUGUCUUUGUGUACCGUGGAAAAUUGAAAAGUAAAAGGAGCGUUAGUCAAGCAAUGAAAGCUGCUGUUGAGAGUUCAAAUAGUGAAAUGGACGAACUAGUAAUAGAACAACCUUUAUUUCAGUCAGAUAACGUUGAUCAUUUUGGAGAUAGUGAAGAAGAAGAUAACGGUCAUGGUCAGUCUCUUGAAUCUGGAAUGCAUAAUAAUCAAGAUAGAUAUGUUGAUGAUGAAGAGCAAGGUAGAUAUGUUGAUGAAGAGCAGACUAAAUAUGUUGAUGAAAAAGAUUACGAUGAAAGGACGAGAAUAAAACCAAGUGAAGAUCAAUAA